AUGGCGAGUCAAGCCCAACCAAACCUCACACCGUCCUCCUCAGCCGAGGCUCAACAACUUCAACCAACAGCAUCGCAAGGGUCACACGAGAUCCAGCUGCGCUACAAGUUGGCACCCUUGACAUUCAAGACGCUCUGUACCAUCCAGAGCCACCCCACUCGCUCAGACAUUCUCAAGAAGGCUUGCUUUGCGACCGAAUUUCGUUCGUUUCCGAUCAAAAGAGGCGAGACUGCUUUUUGUAGAGCCAUCAACGACACCACCGGUAUUCCCUACCCGAUCUCCGAGAACAUCUCUCAGCCAUGGCACAAAGUUUUCCUUCUCGUUCAAUUGAAUAUGUCAAGAGCACCCUGGCCCAACAAGCUCUCUGGACCAGCUCGGAAAGAGCUCAACCAGGAACUUCGCCGUAUGUACUCAGCUCUUGACAACGUGCUGAGAUGCUUUGUGGAUAUACUGGGAGAACGUGGCGACGGAAAGGGGGUACGAACAGCUCUCGACGUGUUGAGGAGUGUCAAGGCCAACGUCUGGGAAGGGAGCGACAACGAGCUGUUGCAGGUUGAGGGCAUUGGUGCCGUGAAAAAAGAACGACUUGUGAAGGCUGGUAUCAAAACCAUCAGAAAGCUGGCCAAGCUCGAGUUUUACCACAUUGAGCGCCUUCUCAGCCGGAAUCCGCCCUUUGGCCACACAAUGCUGCACCAACUGGCGGGGUUUCCUGUCCUUACGCUGGACUUUGAAAUUGUCAGCCAAUACAACCCUUCAGCAAAAUCAUCGGGCGAGUCUGGUCAAGGCUGUGCUGAGCAACAAACUGACAAACCACUUUGGAUUGCUCGAGCCAUCCUUGGCUUCACAAACAAGGAGACACCAAUCUGGAACAGCCGCAUACCAUGGUUAUCGCUAGCCGUUGAGGGGAAAGAUGGACGACUUGUCUGGUUCUGGCGAGGCAGUGCAAAACGGCUUGUGGAGAGUAAGGAAAUGAUUAUCGGGCUGGCCGCGGAGAAGGGCGAAGAACUCAAGAUUGUGUUGGCAUGUGAGGAGAUUGUCGGGACCAUGAUACAGAUGAAUGUUGCGGUGUGA